UGAUACCGAUUUAACACAUUCUCACCGACAUUCGGUGUCAUAAAUAAGCACUUUGGCUUAUUCCUGACUCCGUCAGCGAGAUGUGCAAAUGUCGCUUUCUCACAAAUUCAGACGGGAUAGCUUCGCCCUGCAAAAUAAUGUGGAGUCCAGUGGCUGCCAUGGGCUGCUAUGUAAAAUAGGAGGACUUCAUUAACACCUUCAAUCCCAACGUCACAGUUUCCCACCAUGGCUGAAGAGGACUAUGGCACCUUUGUGGACUGGAACCAGAUGGGGGAUCUGGCGAAAAGCGGCGGUCCCACCAAGGUGGACUGCAAGGACCUGAGAGAGUUCAAGCAGAUGGCUCGCCAGGGUUACUGGGCUAAGAAUCAUAAACUCCGGGCGCAGGUGUACCAGCAGUUGAUCAAAAGCAUUCCCUGUCGCACAGUGACGCCGGAUGCUGAGGUGUAUCGAGACCUGAUGGGAAGCGCCACCACUAAAAAGCCGUCCUCCAACAUCUCGCUGCCGGAGUUUGUGGAUGGGGCCUGCGUGCCUCUCUACUGUCUGAAAGCAGACGCAGUAGGCUCCGCCCACCGCAUAAUUAACUGUGUGGCUGGCCAGUUUCCCGACAUUUCCUACUGCCCGUCCCUUCCGGCCAUCACGUCCUUGCUCCUGCACUUCAGCGCCGACGAAGCCCAGUGUUUUGAGCACGUGAGCCGCAUGCUGGCUUGCAACGAGCCAGGCAAGCGGCUCCUUGAUCAGACCUUCCUAGCCUACGAGUCGGGGUGCAUGACCUUCGGGGACCUUGCCAACAAGUACUGCGCGCCGGCUCACAAGCUGAUCGUUGCCACGGCGCAGGACGUGCUGAAGGUGUACUCGGACUGGCAGCGCUGGGUGAUCGGCGACCUGCCCUUCAGCCACAUGGUCCGUGUGCUGGAUGUCUUCAUGGUGGAGGGCUACAAGAUUCUGUACCGUGUGGCCAUAGCGUUACUAAAGUUCUACCGUAAGCACAAGGCGGCGGCGGCAGGGCCGGCGAACCAGCAGCAGGAUUCCAGCAAAGUCAGGUCGGACAUUCAGGCAUUUAUCAAAGGAAUCGCCUCCGUCGUCACGCCUGAUAAACUCCUGGAGAAAGCCUUCUCCAUUCGUCUGUUGAGUCGCAAGGAAAUCACUCUGCUGCAGCUCACCAAUGAAAAGUCCCUGCAGCAAAAAGGCAUCACUGUCAAGCAGAAGAGGAAUAACGUGCAGCUGGCACUCAACCCAGAGACCUUCUCCUCAGAGAUUGUCAGCGCCAAGGAGAUGCGAGACAUCUGGUCGUGGAUCCCAGAGCGCUUCGCUCUGUGCCAACCUCAGCUCCUCUUCACCACCUCCACACACGGCUGCAGCCUGAACAGGUUCUACUCGCACUGCGAAGGCUACGAGCCCACUCUGCUGCUCAUCCGAACCACAGAUGGCGAUGUAUGUGGAGCCUUCCUGUCAACAGAUUGGGAAGAACGCAAGCGAGGUGGCAAUAAGCUAAGUUUCUUCGGCACAGGGGAGUGCUUCGUCUUUAUGCUGAAGCCAGAGAUGGAGCGCUAUGAGUGGGUGGUGAUCCGCCAUCCCGAGUUAGCCUCCGCCGUCAAAAAUCAGAGCCACGAGGACACGGGCGCCUCCGAGGGGCAAAACUCGGACAGCAAUAUCUUGCCGCAGCCAGAGAAGCCGCUUGGCGAGCUGUCACCUUUCCUGUCCGCCCGCCACUUUAACCUCAACUCAAAGAAUACUUCCAUGUUCAUGGCAGGGAACUUUGACUCCAUCAUUGUAGGUGGCGGCGAAGGCAACGCUCUGUACAUUGACUCGGAGCUGAACCACGGGCGCACUGGUCGGUGCACCACGUUCGACAACCCGCCCCUGUGCGCCGAGAGCUUCCAGGUGUCCCUGCUGGAAGUGUGGGGCUUCCAGGACACCAUGGCCACUUAAUGGCAUGCACUUCACACAGCGAUUAGCACUUACUCAAACAUAAUCUAAGUCCGGAAAUGUGUUUUACAAAACAUACCUGAAACCGUCCUGCAAAUGAAUACAAGAUGUUAUUUGUUAACCUCAUUUCAUCAUUAAAAAAUGUUUUGUUUUUGUACCUGUAUGUUGUUUUUCCAGCGUGAGUGUACAGUUUUGUCAGCUGUGGUGCAUUCAGGUGCACAGUGGUAUUGUGAGUAAAACAACCACCACGGUCCUAAAUAUCAGAUAUUGUUAUGAUGUUGCAUUAAUCUCUUCUUCCAAGUCAGCUAAAACUUUGUCACUUUGUGGUUCAUAUACCUAUGAGCUUUAAAUUCAUAUAUGUGAUGUGUGUUUGUGAAAACAAUGUAGUGAAAUGGAGCGUUGCAAUUUUGCACUUUGUUCAUGCCAAGGUUGUCAAUUGACUGAGCUAACUAGCAAGCCUUGUUUGCGCUUUUUUCUAUAAUUUGUGAAGUGUGUUUUUGGUUAACAAACAAUGUGACGUAUCUUAUCACUUUCCGUCCGUUAUGAGUUUAAAAAAAGUUUCCACAAUGGUGGCAAAAUGUUCUCACACAACUUUUUCAUAUUCAUCUGUAUGAUUAAAUGACAAUUAAAACAUCA